UAUCCAUUACUAGACGAAACUCGAUCCCAGUUACAUUCGAGUAUGGAAACUCUGGACAGAGCACCAUUCGGUGAAGUAACUGCUAUAGAAGAAUCGAAGCCAUAUGGAAAAAAGCUAUAUGAUGUCGAGGUUGAUUACUGGAGAAACAUGUCCAGUGAUUCCUGCAAGGAACCGUAUAAAACUCUGCCUGGACAUGUUUUUUUACUGUCAGAUGCUAAACCCGAAAGUAUUUCAGAUAUACAGGAGUCAAAGAAAUCAUGGGCAUUUCUGAUAGUCACUGAAGUGUCCAAUCUUUCUUUUAAAGUUAAAGCAUCGAAAGAGCUUCAAGUCUCCAAUGGCAUUCAGGCAUCUCUCUUUAUGGCUUUCCUAAUUAAUAUAACUCCUAACGUGAGAAUAUGGAAAGCAAUCGACAAUAACAAAAGUGCUAGAUGGAAGGUCCUUUUCAUGGAUGGAGACCCAAUAAAAGAAAUGUAG